AUGGAUGUCAUCGACCGCAGCGCCCUUUCAUCCCCUGCCGUCAAGCGCCGCCAUGCCCAAUCCAAGCGAGCAGUCCUCCGGCGCCGUAGCACCAACUACCUUGUCAGGUCUACAGCGAAGCGCUUGAUAGAGUCUAAGAACCAGGUCAUCUACCAGCAGUUCUCCUACCAACACCAGCCGAGCUACCCUUGCAUCUCCGGUGCCUGGCAGGCCCGGCGAAAGGACGGAGGCUCCUCCGAGGAACCCCGUCCUCUCCGAGCGCACAUUGAGCGGGAUCUUUUCGCCGUCAUCGCCGCGCCGUGGGAGCCGCGCAAGCGUGGAACCCGCGCCCCCAGGCUGUCCCCUCGUAACGAAGAGGAGGAGGGCCGGGAGCUUGCUCGCAGUGCCAUUGCGCUCCCCAGUGAUACCUCCCGACUUGUGAGGCGGCCCAGCUUCGAACGGGAGGAUGCUUUCCGUGUUGCGAGCACCGCCAAGGGCAAGGUUCAGACACGGGCUUCCCCCGAGAGUGAGGACGCGCAGAUCGCUGAGCUGUACCACCAGGGCCUGCUGUAUGAUGGUGAUGAGCAGCGUCCUGAGGAAGCCUUCAACCUCAACAGCAUCCAGCACGAGGAGCCCGUGUAUACCAUUCGCCCUGCGAAGCGCGGCCGCAAAGCCAAGAAGGCCAAGCCUGCUCUCGUCCUCUCUUACACCGAUCUCGGUGACUGCAGCGCCUCGGCGAAGAACUCGGCAGGUCGAUCAUCUGCUGAUGAUUCAGCGGCUGGCGAGGCCUUCCCUCCCCUUCGUGUCGUCUACGGACAGAACUCAUCAAACCCCUCCUUCGACGUUGAGACGUCUCAGCUCCCAGAUCUGAUGCACGACGACAGUCUCUCUGACUACGACUGCUUUACCGAUCACGAGCUUGACGAUGACGUGCCAUCCCAAACAGAGAUUGUGGAGAAUGCAAACAACUCGUCAGAGACUUGGAUCAUGCUGGGUUGA